GUUUUGGCCACACGUGGUUUCCAGCCGGACCGGAAGCACACGCGCUCUCCAUGUGUUUUCCUCCGCAUCAUGGCGGCACGUGCGCAGCGGCGCAGUUUCUAGCGGAAUAAACUUUAAUAAACUUUAAUAAAGAUCAAAGAGACGAUGCCGGCCGGCGGCGCUUUGUUCUCCGGCUUCCGGGUCCUGGGCCUGUUCUCCAACCACCUGCCGCACGCGCUCAGGUACCACCAGAAGCACCGCGAGUUCUACGUGGUGACUGCGGUCGGCAGGUGCUUCCACACCUACAACGUCAAGAAGCUCGGAAUCGUCGCCGUCAGUAACAGCCUAUCAGAGGACAUUUCCUGUCUGGUGGCAGAUCGGAUGUUGGUGUUUGCAGCGUCAGGAUGUGACAUCAGCGCCUUCGCCAGGAACAAAGAGGAAGUGAGGCGCUACUCGGGCCACAAACAGGAAGUGCGCCUGCUGCUUCCCCUCGGCGAUCAGCUGAUCUCAGUGGACGCCGGCGGUGAUGCCAUCAUCUGGGAUGUUGGUAGCGGAGAGGUGUACCUGCGGCUCCAGUUCGACCCGGUGACCUUUGAGCCCUCGGCCCUGUGUCACCCCAGCACCUACCUGAACAAGGUGCUGCUGGGCAGCUCCCAGGGUGCUUUGCAGCUCUGGAACAUCAAGACCAGCAAACUUCUGUACAGCUUCUCCGGCUGGGGGGCCGCCAUCACCGCGCUGCAGCAGAGUCCUGCGGUGGAUGUGGUGGGCGUUGGCACGGCAACAGGCCGCAUCAUCAUCCACAACAUCCGAUUGGAUGAGACACUGAUGAGCUUCAUGCAGGACUGGGGACCAAUCAGCUCGCUCGCUUUCCGCUCAGAUGGCGUGCCUGUCGUGGCGGCGGCCAGCCCUCAGGGCCAUGUUGCAUUGUGGGACCUGGAGCGCCGGCAGCUCACUGCUCAGCUGCGACACGCCCACAGCACCGCCGUCGCCGCGGCAACCUUCCUGCACGGCGAGCCGUUACUGAUCACAAACGGAGCCGACAACGCCAUCAAGGUGUGGAUAUUUGACCAGGAAGGGGGCGGAGCCCGGUUGCUACGGAGUCGUCAGGGCCACAGUGCCCCGCCCACCACCAUCAGUCACCACGGCAACGACGGGAAGAACAUCUUGAGCGCCGGUCAGGACGGGACGCUGCAGUCCUUCUCCACCGUCCACGAGCGCUUCAGUAAGAGUCUGGGUCACGGUUCCAUCAACAAGAAGAAGGAGCAGAAGAAGAAGAAGGGGCUGGCCUAUCAGGAGCUGCGGCUUCCUGCCAUCACCACCUUCGCCUCCGCUGUGGCCCGGCAGUCGGACUGGGACGGCAUCGUGGCGUGUCACAGCGGUCGCCUAGCAGCCACCACCUGGAACUACCAGCGGUGCACCAUGGGAGCUCACCACCUGCGGCCGCCCGGCGCCCACGGCAACAAGGCCGCAGCAACGGCGGUUGACGUCACUUCCUGCGGCAACUUUGUCCUGAUCGGUUUGUCGUCGGGCCGCGUCGACCUCUACAACCUGCAGUCGGGGCUGCACCGUGGUUGCUAUGGUGACGGCGGGGCGGCACACCGCGGGGCGGUCCGUGGCGUCUGCGUGGACGGGCUGAACCAGCUGACGCUCACGGCCGGUUCUGAUUCGCUGCUGAAGAUCUGGCGCUUUAGGAGUAAGAAACAGGAGGCGGAGCUUCAGCUGGGCACGGCGCCAGCUAGCAUGCUGCUGCACCGAGAGAGCGGCAUGCUAGCAUUAGCACUGGAUGACUUCAUGAUAAUUGUGGUUGACACGGCAACCAGACGUGUCGUCAGGAAGUUCCAUGGCCACGGCGGCAAAAUCAACGACAUGGCGUUCAGCCCAGACGGCCGCUGGCUGGUUACCGUGGCGAUGGACUGCACCAUUCGGACCUGGGACCUGCCCUCUGGCUGCCUGGUCGACUGCUUCCUGGUUGACACGGCGCCGGUGGGCGUGUCCAUGUCUCCAACAGGAGACUUCCUGGCAACGGUGCAUGUUGACAACCUGGGCAUCUACCUCUGGACCAAUCAGAGCCUGUGUGGCCUGGUGUCGCUCCGCCCCCUGCCAGCCGACUACCAACCAGCAGCCGUCACUCUGCCUGGAAGCCAGCCAGAUGAGGCUGAACAGGAAGUGACAUCACAAGACGACGGCGAGGAUGAUGAUGAGUACGAGUCGCCGCAGCAGCUGGGGGCGGAGCUUGUGACUCUGUCGUUGCUGCCAGAGUCGCGCUGGAAGAGCCUGCUGCAUCUGGACGCUAUCAAGAGGAGGAACCGUCCUGCUGCCCCCCCUGUCGCCCCCCCCACGCUCCCCUUCUUCCUGCCCACUCAGGCCGGUCUGACGCCGCGCUUCACGUUGCCCCCGGCAACUGCACAGGAAGUCCAGUCGAAGGUGGUGCGUUGGGGCGAUCUGGCUCAGCGGUCCGACUUCGUCUCUGCGUUGGAAUCAGCCGCCGAGUCCGACAGCUUUGAGCGGCCGCUGCUCCUGCUGCGCUCCCUCGGCCCCGCCCCCCUCUCCGUCGAGCUCAGCGGCCUAUCAGCUGAAGGGGGCGGGGCAGGUGGCCUCCUGUUGGCCUUCCUCCGCAUGAUUGACAGCUUGCUGGCCAGUGGGCGGGACUUCGACCUUGCGCACGCCUACCUGGCGCUUUUCCUGAAGCUCCACCUCCGGUCGUUGUCACAGGAUGCAGUUGCCAUGGAAACGCUGGUCCACCUUUCAGAGCGGCUGGAGGCGGGGUGGGCGGAGCUGCAGGCCUCUUUCCACCAAUCACUGUGCCUGCUGACAUACAUCAAGAGCGCACUGCUGUGACACACACACACACACACACACACACUUUUGUACUUGUUAUUGGUGUUUAAAUAAAGUUUUUUGUCUUUUCUGAA